AUGCUGCGCUUCCCCGUGAAGAAGAUCCGGAAGCAGUUCAAGCUCCUGCUGCUGCUGGUUCUGCUCACCUCCGCCGUGUGGUUCACCUACCUUCACAUCAACCAGGGCAAGACUAUCAAACUCCACUUUAACUACGGAAAAGAUGGAGAGAGACAGACGGAGGGGACGGACACCAGCCGCAAGAGGGAUGCUCGCUCCUCAGCUGGACACCAUAAAAGUGAGGACACCAGCGACAGCAGGGAGGACGACGCUGCAGAUGAUGAGCCAAUCACAGGAGGGGCUAAUGGCAGGGACCACACCCACAUCAGAAAGUUCCUCAACCAGCAGCACAAGAAAUUGCCAUGGAAAGCGGAGUAUAAGGGCCAGGCAAACCUGCAUGUGUUCGAGGACUGGUGUGGCUCCUCCGUUGCCCAACUCAGAAAGAAUCUGCACUUUCCUCUCUACCCUCAUACCAGAACCACAGUAAAGAAGCUGGCAGUGGCUCCAAAAUGGAAGAACUAUGGCCUGAGAAUAUUUGGCUUCCUUCACCCGUACAGAGAUGGUGAUUUCCAGUUCUCUGUAUCGUCUGAUGAUAACUCUGAGUUCUGGCUGAGUCCUGAUGAGAGCCCUUUAAACGCAAGACUGCUGGUCUAUGUGGGACAGCUGGGUACAGAAUGGACCGCUCCAGGCGAGUUCAGCAAGUUCAGGUCCCAGUCCUCCAAGUCUGUGCACCUGAUGUCGUCCAGACAGUAUUACUUUGAGAUUCUCCACAAGCAGGACGACAAGGGCUCGGAUCAUGUGGAAGUUGGGUGGCGCCCGUUCCUGCCUGGUCUGAAAUAUGAAGUGAUCGACUCCGCCUACAUCUCCCUGUACACAGACGAGUCCAACCUGAAGAUGAACAGCGUCGACCACAUCCCUCAGACCUUGGCCAGUCACAUCCGUCUCCCAGCGGAGUAUUCGCCUCAUGGUCUGGAGGGAGGAAGCAUCACGCAGCACGGAGCGGAUAUGCUGAAGCCGGACCCCAGGGACACCUUCUACAGCACUCCUAUGAUCGACCCCUCCCGGCUGGAAAAUGUUCUACCUGCCUGUCUCUACUCCCCAACCUAUGUAGUCAAAGAUUUUCCAAUCGCCAGAUACCAGGGCCUGCAAUUUGUCUAUCUAUCCUUUGUUUACCCCAAUGACUUUACCCGUCUCACCCACAUGGAGCGAGAAAACAAGUGUUUCUACAGAGAGUCCCCUAUCUACCUGGAAAAGUUUGGUUUCUACAAAUACAUGAAGAUGGAUGAAGAAGAGGAUGAUAGAUCGUUCUUUUUCCCCAACCCAGAUGACUUCCUGGAAGAAGAGGAGAUGAUAGAUACAGAAGAUGAGGCAGAGAUCGUUGGCACACAGCUACCCAAAAAGCCCUCAAAUCCCAGCCAGACCAGCCACACCUCCAACCCCUCCCACCAGCUCUCAAAACCUGCGCCCACACCAGCUGGCAGAGAGGGGGAAGAAGAGGAGGAGGACCCUGAUGAAGAAGAGGAGGGAGCAGCCAACAGUAUCAUACACCGCAGAGAAAAGAGACAUUUUCCUCACAGAGAUGGCAGGGAUCUGGACAGAGACUGGGGGAGAGAUCAUAUGAAAGUAAAUCUGAGAGAGGACACCAGAAGAGGACUUGAGGAAGAGACAGAACCCAGGGGGCUUCAGCCUGACAUGGACAGUUUAGUCAGGGGUCGCUCCUUGUCUUGGAUCCGCACUGGUCCUGCAGAGCUGGGUCCUGGCAAGAAAGCAGGAGGAGGAGAGAAGGGAGCUGAAACACCGCCAAAACUGUCUAAAUCUUCCCUCCUUUUCCCCCAAAAGUCCUCCCUCUCUGCCCUCGCCAGCCGAGCCAAGCAGAUCCUUAGCAACUCCGCCCACAGGGACCACCUCCAAGUUAACAACAACAAGCUCCCUGGAAACAAAAAGGAGAAGAGGGAGGAUAAUAAGAUCUACAUCACCAGGCCUCGACCCGCUAAGGAGCGGGAAAAGGACAGGGAGAGGGAGCAGCGUCGAGAAAGGAGAGAGGAGAGGGCAUCUCGGCAUCCCAGAGAGGUGUUCCCAGGGGUUUUUCUGUACCAGACUGGGAAGACCACAAGGCUGGUCAACCUAGGUGCCAAAGGACAUGUGGCAGGGGAUAAAAGUCUUGUUAGUGCCCCUCAGCUCUGGCCUAAUCCACCCACAAGAGAAGGUAAGACACCCCCUCACAAUGGCAGCAUUAACAUGCAGAUGGACGGUGUACAGAAGUCAAAACAUCCAGAGAAAAGCAGGAGAAAAGGGAUGCAUCAGGAUUUAAAGACUACCGAUCUACCCAAGAAAGGAGACCCAUUAAGCCCACUUACCCAUCAUCAAGGUACCCCUCCAGUCACCCCACUAAGGUUGAACUCCACAGAAAACACACUCCAAGGCCAAACACGGGUCACCUCUUACCUCAGGACCUCAGAAAUCACAGAGUCCCAGCAGCAUCCUGACCCAGAUGCCAACCUGACAGAUCUAGAGCAGGAUACAAACCGCUCUAAUACCGACCCAGAGCCAGAACCAGAGGAGGGCGAGAUGUCAGACUACAGCUACGAGGAAGUGGAGGCUCGGCCAGGCUGGGCAGAGGAGAGCAUCAACUGGCAGAGGACAUUCUCAGUGAAUCCAAUGGACUUUGAACUGUUGCGGUCCGACUGGAAUGACCUGCGAUGUAACGUGUCGGGAAACCUGCAGCUGGCAGAGAGUGAGGUGGUGGACGUGCUGGCACAGUACAUGGAGAAGCUCAACGAAAAGAACGGAGGAAUCUACACCCUGCUGCGAAUCAUAAAUGUUGAGAAGCGGCGUGACUCAGCCAGAGGAAACCGUUACCUGGUGGAGCUGGAGCUGAUGGAGAGAGGACGCAGCGUGGUGCGACUAUCAGAAUACAUCUACCUGCUGCUCCACCGAGGCAGGCAGGGAGAGGAGAGUUUUGAGAACACUGACUCUGCCCCAGCCUCUGCACCAGCUUUGGUCCCAUCCCCUGCCACGUCCACCCUAACCACUCCAGCACCCCCUCCCUCCUCCAGGUCCCCUUCCAAGCUUGGAGCGACCCCCUGGAGCACCACCUAUGCUAAGCCUCUGCUGUGCCAGCCGGUCAUGCUGCAGUGGAGGAGGGAUGUGAUGGUGCACUUUGUGGUGCCAGUGAAAAACCAGGCUCGCUGGGUACAGCAGUUUAUCUCUGACAUGGAGAACCUUCAUCACCAAACAAAGGACGACAACUUCAGCAUCAUCAUUGUGGACUUUGAGAGUGAGGACAUGGAUGUGGAGCAGGCGCUCCGAGACAGCAGCGUGCCAAGAUAUGAAUAUCUAAGGAGAGAGGGGAACUUUGAGCGCUCAGCGGGACUGCAGAUCGGAGUGGACACUAUUGAGGAUAGUCACAGCAUUGUGUUUCUGUGUGAUCUGCACAUCCACUUCCCUCUCAACAUAUUGGAAAGCAUCAGGAAGCAUUGUGUGGAAGGACGACUUGCUUUUGCUCCCAUUGUCAUGAGACUCAACUGCGGCAGUUCGCCACUGGAGCCUGAUGGUUACUGGGAGGUAAACGGCUUCGGCCUGUUUGGGAUCUAUAAGUCUGAUUUUGACAAGAUUGGAGGGAUGAACACAGAGGAAUUCAAAGACCGCUGGGGUGGAGAGGACUGGGAGCUGCUGGACAGGGUAUUGCAGAACGGUUUGGAGGUAGAGAGACUACGUUUAAGGAACUUCUUUCACUACUAUCACUCCAAACGAGGAAUGUGGAAUGCACAGAACAAAAAAGGGACUCCUAAGGGAUAGCCUCCCCUGCUGGUUGGAGGUAUCUGAACCCUCCUGCAGAUCCACUGUGUGUGUGAGAGAGAGACCUGUAGGAGCUCGCUCACUGCCUGAACUCUGCCUUUUUUUGAAACAGGCUCCAUUUAGGGGUGCCUCUGUUUUGCCACCGGCCACUUUUGUACGCUUCUCCAUGCGAGGAAACCGAGUCCAAUUCUGAGAAGCUGUUAAGGCAGAUAGACCUGAGUCAUCAUUUUGCCUCACUGACUGAACUACUGUUCAGAGAGAAGAGAGUUAUUUUUGUUCUCCUUCUCUCUGUCCUUUUCUGGUGCAAUGUUUUCAGACAGACUGAAAAGCAGCUGUUACUUUUUUUUGGAGUGUUUGAGUGUUUGUGUGUGUGUGUGAGUGAAUGCGUGAGUAUGUAAAUAUAUAUAUAAGUGUAUGUGAGUGUGUUGCUGCUUAUGUGUGCUUACGAUGACAGAAAGCACCUUUUUUUCUAACAAGGAGAUGUGAAGACAACCUAAGAUCUUGUUUUUCUAACACGCUCUUACAUGGGAGCCUAAUAGAAUGUGUGUCAACAUGUUAUUCAGAUAGAUUCAGACAUGGUGACGUAGCUAAAGUAGAGGAAAUCUGUAUUUGGUAAAAAGUAUUUCUUAAUGCAUCAGUUACUACCUGUUGGAUAUAAUUAAGCGGUGUGACCAGGUGCUGAAGCUCUACUAAUGCCUGAUAUUACCAAACAGUUUGUUUUAAUCAGAAAGAUCCUUUUCCGAACAAAUACUGGUUAAUACACAUGUUUAUUAUGUUUUUUUGGUCUUUUUCUCUCCCUCUCUUUUUCUUUUUCUUAAACUUAUGUCUGCCUUUAUCUUUUUUUAUAUCCUUUAAAUAUUAUACAUACCCCGCUGCUUUUAUUAUACUAGUUUUGUGUACUACAACCAUAUUAAUGCUACCUGGGUUUUUAUUUGUAAUGACUGAAUUUGGGUGCACUGACAUUUGGGGUGCUUUUUUCUGUCCUAAAACACUGAAUUUGUGAACUGUUUACAUCUUUUAACUCAAGUAACAGUAUCCUCUAUUCCCUCCAGAUCUAUAACCUCAGCACAAACUGGAACAAGAAACUGUAAAAGGAGGGCACAACAGCUUUCUGCAUUUCUUUUAAUGUUAUCACAUUAUUGUUUCAGCUGAGUAUUGCAUUUAAUAUAUUUAAUUUGAGGUAUUACAAAUCUUUCUCACAUGUAUGAAUUCUACAAAGACAGGGAAUACUCAGCUAUUGAAGACAAUGACCCUCUUCUUUUAAGAUGAUAGAAAUUUACAGCAGAACAGUGACCUGUCCCUGUGACAGACACUAUGCGGCAAGGCAUGGCUGUUUCACAAAUGUGUGCCUUUAUCAGGGUUUGGCUGCAGGCAGUUUUUAAACUCCUCUAAUGACAGAAGAGCUUGGGUACAGGCAUGAAUACACGGUUAUUUAUUGGGGGCUAUAAUAUCAUUGUAAAUUCAGAAACACUGUAACAGAAGGAAAUAUAGUUCUCUUCAAUGAUCGCAGACAUGUCAGUGUGUUUGCUAUCUUACAUUAUAAGCAGGAGAGGUCUUAGCCAGCCAUGUGCCUCUCUGACUGAUAAGCAGAGAUGGUUCUAAUGACUACUGAGUGAGACCAGGAGGUGUGAUGGAGACUCAAUGGCAGCUGCAGUCCAGCAGGACCCCACCUCCCCCCAUUAGUCUGGCUGGAGGCCGGGCUCCUAAUGCCUCUGUUUAUGCAAGAUGGUACUUAUAUUGAUGGAGGACGGCUGGAGGGCUUAAAGCUGGACAUACACAGUAUAUAAAGAAUAGAGUUAAUGAUCUGUUAUUGACUAUAUGAUUGUCAGAUUGCCCUCCAAGACCCUUUCUUUGCCUCUACAGGAAAAAGGUUUACUGUACACAAUGAACACUGACAUGGGAUUAUUUAACGAAAGGAAACACAUAAAUAUAAGGCUAUAUAUAUAUAAGAGACAUAAAAGUGAAAAAUAGGAAUCUACAUUCCAAGGUAAUUUCUGUGAAAUUGUUUUGUAGAGAAAAGGUUUUAAGAAUGUAUUGUACUUUUAUUUUGAUUUGUUGUUUUUUUGCAAAUAAAAAUGUAUGCUUACGUC